AUGAGAAUACGAAGGUCUAAAGUCUUCCUGUUGUGCUUACUGGGGAUUUGUGUCAUUUCCUUUCUUCAUUACUACAAAGCCCUGCACAAUAUUUCACUGCUGCAGGAGCUCUCGUCUCCCUCCACCCAUCUAAAAACUCUGAAGAUGUUCAGUGAUAUCUUCUGGAAUUUUCCGGCUGCUGAUUUCCACUCCCAGCAAGACUUUCAUGAACACAGCCACCUGAAGGGCAAUGUUGACUCAAAUGUGAUCCUGCCAGACCCUUCAGAUAGGAAACUUCAUGAGCGUACCUUUGUACUCCAUGAUGAUCCCACACCCUUUUUCAUCCACACCAAAUCCGGAGCAGUGUGCUUCAGAGAGGGGACGGAUGUGGCCGCCUUCGCAUCUCACCGCAGGUUACUGCAACAUCACAGAGAAAUCAACCCCAAAGACAAAGCAAUCAAUGCAGACAAGAUGGUGGUUCAGUGUCCCUGCCGGCAGGGUUGGCACGGUCCUCACUGUGGCAUCCCUACCAUUGUGUAUCAUUCCAAUCUCCCAUCCAAGUCAAAAGUAACACCCAGAAAAGUUCCACGUCGGGUCAUCAAUGCCAUCAACAUCAACCACGAGUUUGACCUACUACACGCUCGAUUCCAUGAACUUAGGGAUGUUGUGGAUGUGUUUUUGGUCUGUGAAUCCAAUUUCACCGCGUACGGUGACUCAAGACCUCUUGUCUUCCGCCAGCAGAUCCUAAAUGGAAUGUUUGACUACAUAAAGCACAAAAUCCUGUACGUCUUCCUGGACCAUUUUCCUGAUGGCGGCCAUUCGGAUGGCUGGAUCGUGGAUGAUUACCUACGCACUUAUUUGACCAAAAACGGAAUGUCGAGGCUUGAGGGCCUCAAAGAGGAUGAUGUUUUCAUCAUCGAUGAUGCGGAUGAAAUUCCUGCUCGAGAUGGAAUCCUUUUCCUCAAACUCUACGAUGGCUGGACGGAACCAGUCGGGAUCCACAUGCGCAAAUCCCUAUACGGAUUCUACUGGAGGCAGUUUGGAACGCUAAACGUUUUAUCUGCUUGCACGGCAGCUAUGCUCUUUAAGGUUUACAAUGGUAAUGGGAUUCUUCUUCGACGGCGGACGUAUUAUUCCAUGUCGGGAUUCCGGGAAUACGAGAACUCCACGGGACGCAUUCUGGUACCAUGGGCCAUCGGAAGCCCCAUUCACUACGCUGGAUGGCACUGUUCUUGGUGUUUUAAACCAGAAGGAAUUUAUUACAAACUCAUAUCAGCCCAAAAUGGAGACUUCCCACGCUGGGGUGAUUACAGCGAGAAACGGAAGAUAAGUUAUAUUAAAGAGUUAAUACAGACAGGGGGUUGGUUUGAUGGGUCUAUACCAGACUAUCCCCCUUCAGACCCCGAAGAGCAUAUGUUUGCUCCCAAAUACCUGCUGGACAACUAUGAAAAAUAUCGCUACCUGCUGGAGAACCCAUACGCAAAAGAGAAACAUUAAGAGAAAUGGGUCUGUUUCAAAUGGGCAGCUUAAAGGUGCACUAAAAUUAUUUUUGCCAAACAAUGUUGAUAUUUGAAAGCACCAAA